AUGAGAGAAGAUCAGAGACUUAAAAACAUAGAAUAUAUGAAAAAAUUGAUCGACAUUAUCAUUAUUUUAGCAAAAGGUGGAAAACCUUUGCGCGGUCGUAACGAGAAGGAAGAAAGUUGUGAAAGGGGAUUAUUUCUUGAAAUAGUACAACUACUUAAAAAAUAUGAUCGUGAUUUUGAAUCAUAUAUAAAUUUGGCUCCGAAAAAUUGCACGUACCUGAGUAAUUAUAUCCAAAAUGAUAUUUUGCUCUCCAUUAAAAAUGUUAUUUUAAGAAAUAUUCAAAAUGAACUCAGUGGACAACCAUUCUCUAUUAUCGCUGAUGAAACUUCAGAUGUAAGUCAUCACGAACAAAUAGCCAUCGUUUUGAGAUACGUUCCGAUUGGAAGUAUUUUAUCGAUUGAACGAUUUAUAGCUUUAAAACGCUUGAAGUCAACGGACGCAGAAACAAUUUUUGGAGCGAUUAAUAGUACGAUUCAAGAUCUAGGUGCUUCAUGGGACAAUGCCAUUGCUGUCUGCUUUGACGGGGCUUCAACUAUGUCGGGACAGUCCACCGGUGUACAAACCAGAUGUAAGGAGAUGAACGCGUCAAUUAUGUACGUACACUGCCACGUUCACUGCCUUAAUUUGUCACUUGUGGCUGCUUGUUCUAACCGUCUCGAAAACCCCAAGAUUCUCGAUUUUUUUGGUGUUAUACAAUUAAUUUACAAUUUCAUCGAAGGCAACCCAAAAAGGCAUGCUGUCUUUGAAGAUGUUGUUAAAUUAACCGAUAUCAAACUGAAGACUUUAAAGUCUUUAUCUCAGACACGUUGGGCUUGUCGUGCUGAAGCUGUCGCAUUUAUUCAAGUACAAUUAAAAGCUAUUAUUGAAGCUAUUGAGAAGGUGGUAAGCGAAGCGACCGAUCCGAUAAUUAGAGCAAAAGGCAAUGGAAUACUGAAUCAAAUUCAAUCAUUUGAUUUCAUUGUUUGCCUAGAAAUUAUGAAUCCAAUUCUUCAGCUGGUUGUUAAAGUUUCGAAAACCCUGCAAUCACCCGAGCUAGAUCUUUGCCAGGCAGUUGAAGAAAUUUCAAGUUUGGUACUUGCUCUACAGGAAUUGAGAAUCGACGAGUCUAUUUUCGAUAAUAUAUAUAGCAGGAUAGAAAAUACACUAAAUGAUUUAGAAAUUCAAAUACCCAUUCCAAGAAAACGAAAAGUUCCUGCGAAAAUAGAUUCAAAUCCUUGUAAUGAAUACCAAUUAAAGAGCACAAAAGAAGAAACCAGAAAAUCGGUAUUUUAUCCUGUUUUAGAUCAAUUGGUACAGUUUAUAAAUGAAAAAUUUGAUCAAGAAACAAAAUCAGUAAUUUACUUUAUGGGAAAAUUACUGAAAUAG